GUACCACUUUUAAGUGAAAAAGCGAAAAGUGAUGAAGGAAAAUUCGGUUUGACGAUUGCGGAAUUAGAGCGUUUUCGAGAUGAUCCUUUCUGGAUGAAAAAAUUUCUUUUCAGGACUGUGUUGUUUGUUGCUUUUUGGUUAUUGUGGAUAUUUUUCUUCCUUGCUUCUAUAUUGAUUGUUGUUAUGAGUCCAAAAUGCAUAAAAGAAAAACCAAUUUGGUGGCACAAUGCGGUUACUUACAAUAUCUGGACUCCAUCGUUUCAAGAUUCGGAUGGAGAUGGUCAAGGUGAUUUGCAAGGAAUUUCAGAUCGUCUUGAAGAUUUGCGGCGACUUGGUAUUGAAGCCAUUUGGCCAGAACCUUUCUUACUAUCCGAUCAGUUUGAUGAUGCUAUUCGCGAUUUUAAGGCAGUCGACUCAAAGAUUGGGUUAAAUGAUGAUGGUAUAGAUUUGAUCGAAAAAACUCAUAGUAAAGGCAUGAAAUUUAUCUUAACGUUGCCCAUUGCAAUUACAUCAAAUGAGCAUGAUUGGUUUUUGCGAAGUUCAAGAGCUUCUUUGACUGAAUUUAGAAAUUUUUCCGGUUAUUAUCACUGGCGUAAUUCCACCAAUAUAGAUCAUGCAUAUUUCUCAUCGUAUAAGAAUACAACUGUAUAUUAUAUGCACUAUAAGAAUAAUCCGAAAUGGCCUGUCCUUAACUGGCAGUAUUCUGCAUUUAGAAAUGAUAUGUUUGAUGUAUUAUCUCAUUGGAUUGAUAAAGGAGUGGAUGGUUUUCACUUAAAGGGUCUUGAAUAUCUUUACCGAAUAUCCAAUGGAUCUUCGCCGUAUUGGUCUGGAAUUGGUGACAUAUUGAGAGAUAUAAGAAAUCAUAUCGAAAUUCACGUUAAUCAAAGCGAACAGCUUCGAGGCAAAAAAAUAAUUCUUUUUGCACGACGAGAUUCGGCUAAGGAAAAUGAUAAAAUAGAAAUGGUUGAAAAUGGUUUGGAUUCGAUGGUUAACUACGAAUUGACUAAAAUCGAAUUGCAUAAUAAUGUAUGCACGACAUCGAUUGUUGAUUGUUCAAAUGAAAUAAUAUCGGAUGUUCUUCAAUUUCAUGCUAUAAACAAAAAAGUUCCACCGAUGUGGGAAUUUGGUAAUCCUUAUAUUUCGAGAUUAGCUUCGAGAAUAAAAUCGAGAAAUCAGGCUGAGCUACUUACUAUGAUACAUUUGCUGCUGCCUGGUACAAAUAACUUCUAUUACGGUGAAGAGAUUGGAAUGACGAAUUUACCCGAUAAUUUUGUAGCUGUUCAACGGGGUGCUAUGCAGUGGGAUAAUACGAAGAACGCAGGGUUUUCCGAAUCUGGCUUGCCUGCAAUUCCAGUACAUCCGAACUAUGCUACUAUCAACUUUGCGUUACAAAAAGGCGAACACAGAUCACAACUGAAAAUGUUCCAAUGUUUGGCUCGUUUGCGACGUCGAGACGAAACUCUUUCGAAGGGUCAUUCAUAUAUUGUUCGAAAUGGUCUAAAUUCUUUAAUAUUUACUCGUUAUCGCACAAAUGAAAAUAAAACUAUUGGAAAUAUUUUUGUUGCUAUCGCGAAUUUUGAUUCAACAGCAGCAGAUAUACAAAUUAACGAUAUAGAAAAACUUAAAGAAAUUGAUCUGAGCAAUGGUGAAAUAGUAACAUUCAGCAGUGGCGUUGAAUCAUUUUAUAUUCGGCAGUUGGUUGACCUGAGUUCUGGUCAAAUGCAUCUUGGUGCCGAGCAAGGUGUUGUGAUCAAAUUUACAGCAUAA